CUCGAGUGGCAUGCCUCCUCAUUAUUACAAAGGGGCUGCUGGAGUAUUGUUGAAACUCACAUCCCUGGAUACGACUGGCAAGUUGAUUGACAGAUAACGUGGUAUGCAGGACCCUUCUUGGCUGAUAGACCAUGGCGCACAACGUGUUCGUGUCGAUCAACCACGCUUUUCCACGAGUUCUGCCACGAGAAGGGAUUUCAAGGGAGGGAGGCCAUGGAGCGCCGGAAAGGCCAGGGUUGGCUCGGCUGAGGGGAAUGAUCUUCAGGUACUAGCUUGGGCGAGGGUGGUAGCACGGAGCCGGGGAGGCGGAAGAGCGAGGACAUCGUUCGGUAGACACCAGGGCUUGGGUGGAGGAUCGCUCGAGUACGCCAGCCAAUUCUCGAAACGAGGUGUAGAACUGUGCGAAUGGCAUUCAGCCGAUGACCUAUCAGGCCAAGAAGGAGGCUUGAUGUUGACAGGGGCGCCGGCGAGUUAAGACGGUGUGGAAGACACGAUGGCGAUGGCGACGGAGGGAGACGCGGUCGAUCCCAUGGUAGGGAAACUGCAGCCGGGGGAGUGCGAAAUUGGAGCCGUCUGACAGAAAAGAAUAUCUGGGUCAGGUGUGGCUUGACGCGCCGAGGGCGCCUGACAGAUCCGAGACUGUUCACGUGACCGUCGACUAGAGGACUUGGUCAAUAAAUGCCCCGACACACGUCAUCAUAACACAUGGACACCGGUUCAGAAAUUCGACUGAUACAGCAGUAGAUUCUCGCAUCUCACAGCC